AGCGAGCCGGCGGCCCGAGUCGGCGGCUGACUGAGCGGCGCAGCCGGGGAACGCGGAGGCGCGGCGGGACGAGCGGAGCCGGAGCCGACGGACAAACGGCGCGGCGGGGCCUGCGAGCGAGCGGGCGCACGAGUGCGGGGCGCAGCCAUGAUCACCUCGGCCGCUGGAAUUAUUUCUCUUCUGGAUGAAGAUGAACCACAGCUUAAGGAAUUUGCACUACACAAAUUGAAUGCAGUUGUCAAUGACUUCUGGGCAGAAAUUUCAGAGUCUGUAGACAAAAUAGAAGUUUUGUAUGAAGAUGAAGGUUUCCGGAGUCGACAGUUUGCAGCUUUAGUGGCAUCCAAAGUAUUUUACCAUUUGGGGGCUUUUGAGGAGUCUCUAAAUUAUGCUCUCGGAGCUGGUGACCUCUUCAAUGUCAAUGAUAACUCCGAGUAUGUAGAGACUAUUAUAGCAAAAUGUAUUGAUCACUACACCAAGCAGUGCGUGGAAAAUGCAGAUUUACCUGAAGGAGAAAAAAAACCAAUUGACCAGAGAUUGGAAGGUAUCGUGAAUAAGAUGUUCCAGCGAUGUCUAGAUGACCACAAGUAUAAGCAGGCCAUCGGCAUUUCCCUGGAGACUCGAAGGCUGGAUGUCUUUGAGAAAACUGUACUGGAGUCGAAUGAUGUUCCAGGAAUGCUAGCGUACAGCCUCAAGCUCUGUAUGUCUUUAAUGCAGAAUAAGCAGUUUCGAAAUAAAGUGCUAAGAGUUUUAGUCAAAAUCUACAUGAACUUGGAAAAGCCAGACUUCAUCAAUGUUUGUCAGUGCUUAAUUUUUUUAGAUGAUCCUCAGGCUGUGAGUGAUAUCUUAGAGAAAUUGGUAAAGGAAGACAACCUCCUGAUGGCUUAUCAGAUUUGUUUUGAUUUGUAUGAAAGUGCGAGCCAGCAAUUCUUGUCGUCUGUCAUCCAGAAUCUUCGAACAGUUGGUACUCCCAUCGCUUCUGUGCCUGGGUCCACCAAUACGGGCACUGUCCCGGGCACCGUCCCAGCGCCAGAGAAAGACAGUGAGUCCAUGGAAACGGAAGAAAAGCCAGGCACCGUGCUUGUAGCAAAGACUCCAGAAGUGAGUCCAGAACCCAAGGACCAGACUUUGAAAAUGAUCAAAAUUUUAAGUGGUGAAAUGGCUAUUGAGUUACAUUUGCAAUUUUUAAUACGAAACAAUAACACAGAUCUCAUGAUUCUAAAGAACACAAAGGAUGCAGUACGGAAUUCCGUAUGUCACACAGCAACUGUCAUAGCAAAUUCUUUUAUGCACUGUGGGACUACCAGUGACCAGUUUCUUAGGGAUAACUUGGAAUGGUUGGCCAGAGCCACUAACUGGGCAAAAUUCACAGCUACAGCCAGUUUGGGUGUGAUUCACAAGGGCCACGAGAAGGAAGCUCUACAGCUAAUGGCGACAUACCUUCCCAAGGACACCUCUCCAGGGUCAGCCUAUCAGGAGGGUGGAGGCCUCUAUGCUCUCGGUCUCAUUCAUGCCAAUCAUGGGGGUGAUAUCAUCGACUAUCUGCUGAACCAGCUCAAGAACGCCAGCAAUGACAUUGUUCGACAUGGUGGCAGUCUGGGUCUUGGUUUGGCUGCCAUGGGAACCGCACGUCAGGAUGUCUAUGAUUUGCUUAAAACUAACCUUUAUCAGGAUGAUGCUGUAACAGGAGAAGCAGCUGGCCUUGCCCUGGGUUUAGUUAUGUUGGGCUCUAAAAAUGCCCAGGCUAUAGAGGACAUGGUCGGCUACGCCCAGGAAACUCAGCAUGAGAAGAUUCUGCGUGGCCUUGCGGUUGGCAUUGCGCUGGUGAUGUACGGGCGCAUGGAGGAGGCCGAUGCGCUCAUUGAGUCGCUCUGCCGGGAUAAGGACCCAAUUCUUCGAAGGUCUGGGAUGUAUACUGUAGCCAUGGCAUAUUGCGGCUCAGGUAACAACAAGGCUAUUCGACGCCUGCUGCAUGUUGCUGUGAGUGAUGUUAAUGACGAUGUCAGAAGGGCAGCGGUAGAAUCACUGGGGUUCAUUCUGUUCAGGACCCCUGAGCAGUGCCCCAGCGUCGUGUCCCUGCUGUCGGAGAGUUACAAUCCUCACGUGCGCUACGGAGCUGCCAUGGCCCUGGGCAUCUGCUGCGCUGGAACCGGAAACAAGGAAGCAAUUAAUUUGCUGGAACCAAUGACAAACGACCCUGUGAAUUACGUGCGGCAAGGGGCCCUCAUCGCGUCAGCUCUCAUCAUGAUCCAGCAGACGGAAAUAACUUGUCCAAAGGUGAAUCAGUUCAGACAGCUGUAUUCCAAAGUCAUCAACGAUAAACAUGAUGAUGUCAUGGCAAAGUUUGGCGCUAUUCUGGCCCAAGGCAUACUGGAUGCAGGCGGCCACAAUGUCACGAUCUCCUUGCAGUCCAGGACUGGACACACCCAUAUGCCGUCUGUGGUUGGCGUCCUUGUCUUUACCCAGUUCUGGUUCUGGUUUCCUCUUUCACAUUUCCUGUCGUUGGCGUAUACCCCUACGUGUGUCAUCGGCCUUAAUAAGGAUUUAAAGAUGCCAAAAGUUCAGUAUAAAUCAAACUGUAAGCCAUCCACAUUUGCAUAUCCCGCCCCUCUGGAAGUACCAAAAGAAAAGGAAAAAGAAAAGGUUUCCACUGCUGUGUUAUCUAUAACUGCUAAGGCUAAAAAGAAGGAAAAGGAAAAAGAGAAAAAGGAGGAGGAGAAAAUGGAAGUGGAUGAAGCAGAGAAAAAGGAAGAAAAAGAGAAGAAAAAAGAACCUGAACCAAACUUCCAGUUAUUGGAUAAUCCUGCCCGAGUUAUGCCUGCCCAGCUUAAGGUCCUGACCAUGCCGGAGACCUGUCGGUACCAGCCCUUCAAGCCACUCUCCAUCGGGGGCAUCAUCAUUCUGAAGGACACGAGCGAAGACGUUGAGGAGCUGGUCGAGCCUGUGGCGGCCCAUGGCCCGAAAAUCGAGGAGGAGGAACAGGAGCCGGAGCCCCCAGAACCGUUCGAGUACAUCGAUGACUAAGGAGCAGAGGGAAUCCCGUUUCUCAUCUGGAGAAGCUUGUCCGGCUCGAUGGGAAAUGCCGAGGAGACUCGUGCUGAGACCUGCUAUCCGCUGCAUGCUCCAUUGCCUCGCACUGCCCGGGAGAACGUGGCCGAGUCUGGGUCGGAGGGAAGAUGCGCCGCUCUCCAGUGUACUCUUUCACAAAGCCCGGUUUUCGAAUAAAUAUAUUAAAAUCUC